AAGGACCGAGUGAAUGAGCGAGAGAGAGCGAGAGAGAGAGAGAGAGAGAGAAAGAGAGAGAGAGAGAGAGAAAGAGGAAGAGAGAAACAGAGGGUGAUCCUCGAAAAUUCGAACGGGAACAAAAGCUUUUUCCUUUCGUAUUGUUUUCUUUUUUUCUUUCUCUUUCCUUUCCUUUUUUCUCUCUUUUAUUCCCUUCGAUACGAGCUUCCCGUCGUAAAAAUUUACGAAUGUACUAAUUACAAAUUCUCUAAUGUAACUUUGACCUGCAUUUGUAAAAUAUCUGAUUAUAAUGAAGUGUGGUUCAUGUUAGAAGAGAUUUUCGUUAAUUCACUUUUAUUGGUAUCCAUCUGUCCGUUCACCCUGGUCAGUGAGGUAUUUGAGCUCUUCACCAUGGAUUCAAAACGGCAUGAAUGCAGCGCCAGGUCACACACAGACUCACCACCUACUCCACCCUCACCUCCCCUGUAUAGCUCAAGUUACACAACGCAUGACAACUACAAAAGCAGAACAUCUCGUCGAUCGCCUUCGCCUACAGACUACAGGAGCAGUAAAUCUUCCCGGAAUGAAUCGCCACCGGAUAGACGAAGAAGGAAAAGGAGUACUUCCAGACCUUCUCCAAUCCGAUCUCACAGACGAUCUCGUUCGAGUGACAGAGACAAAGAUCGGGAUAGAGACAGGGACAGGUCACGGAAGUAUUCACGAAGAGAUAGAUCAAGAUCUCGAUCAAGGGGAAGGUCUCGUUCAAGAGAUAGAAGACGCAGUCGUAGCAGAAAUAGAAGUAGAGACAGGCACAGAUAUAGAGAAAGUCGUAGACAUCAUAGAGCACCAUCGUAUGAAUCUGAUGCUUUUGAAGAUCAUGCAGAUACGGUUGUAGCACAACAACAGCCCGUUCCACAGCCAAAUGCCUUUAAAAAUGAUGGAAGUUUUAUGGAAAUGUUUAAAAAAAUGCAAGAACAAAUGCAACCUGCACAACAACCAACAACUUCUGUUCUCGAGGAAAAGCCAGUAAUACCACCACCUUUGAUGGUUGGAAAAAGACGAGGAGGAAGAAUCCUAAAAACUGGAAUGGUUGCAAAGCCAAAGACUGAGCAAACUGUUGAACAGCCCAAGGAUGCAUGGUCACUUUAUAUGGCAGAAGUGAAAAAAUAUCGUGAAGUUUGUUGUCAGGAAGAGGAUAAUACUAGACCAUUGGUCAAAUAAUUAAUUUUUUUCUCUUCUUUGUCGCCUCAUUAUUCCUAUAACAAAUGUGCUGUGAACGAUUAAUUUUUUUUUAUUUGACUUUCUAAUGAUUGAAACAUUAUGUGACAUUCACGAAUAUCGAAUGGUAAUUUAAUAACAUACUUUGCACUUAAGUAAUUUCAAUAUAUUUUUUAAGGGUAUGAGAUAUGACUUUUGAAACGAAAUUAAUUUUUAAUCAAAUCUAUAUAAUAUCUGUAAUAUGCUAAUUUGAAACUGUAUAUGAAUGCCUUUAUAGACAAAGUAUAUUAUUUAAACAAUAUUCUUAUGUAUGAAAGAGAGAAAGAGACUAUAAAAAAAAAAAUGAAAUUGUGAUAGUGAUUAGAUGAGGCAAGAGACAUAUGGCCUAGAGCGAGGGACUGUAUACAAA